UUUCCAUACGCCUUACGAGUCGGUCGUGUAUCUGUGAGAUAGUCGCAUGCGUAGCGCGUUGUGCGUGUUCUGUUAUUCUGGAAAGUUACGCGAUUCAACCGCAAGCGUGCGUUUCUUACGAAUCAUAAAUAAACACAACACAACAACUGACUAAAAAUUGUGUGUGAUGUGAUAGAAGUAGAUGGCAUAAAAGUAUCUUGAUAAAUACGUAAACCGAAGUGAAAUUUUUUGGGUGUGCAUUUUAUGCAGCGAGAAUCGAAUGAAAGUGCCGUUAAAUCUAAAACCGCCCCCGCAACAAUAACAGCAAUAGCAAUCGUGAAAGCAAUAGCAACAACAACAACAACAAGUACACCCCAAAUAUUCGCUGUUGUCGUCGUCGCAGUCGACGUCGCCGUCGCAGUCAACGUCGCCGUUCGCAUUUGGAAAUACAAAUCGUGUUUUGCGCUUUAACAUUUUGCAGUUGUUGUUUGUUAUUUGCUGUUGUUGUUGUUGUUGUCAUUGUCGUUCGGCAAGUUAUUUACGUCGCGUCGUGCAAACAGCAGCAGCAACAACAAAAUUUACAAUUAAAAUUACGCGCGCUACUACGUCAAAAAGUAUCUGCAAGAUACAGAAUACCAAAACAAAAACAGAAGGAGGCAGGGAGACGGCAGCGUGAGCACAAUAUGCGCAAAAUUCAACUAAAAUGCAGCAUAUCACGGCUGUAAAAAGUUUUACGAUUCAACCUUAACGCCACCCACCCACUCCCCCGUCGCUAACCCAAAAUAAUGCCAGAUACAAAUUAAGGUCGCUUCGUUGCUCUGUGGCACCUGAGAGCAAGUGUAUUAGUCUCAGCAGUAGCGGCAACAACAACAAAAGGAUAACCCAACCACCCACAAAGGCCGUAAAACAUUUUGGCCAAAGCAACAUUACAGUUAAAGUCGCAGCAGACUCGUAAAUUUGCUAACAAAGCACAAACAAAAACAACAACUACAACAACUGCCAGCAAAAAGAAUUUCUGAGAUGGCGGGCAACAUUGUCAAAUGGUGGAAGCACAAGAUACUCGGCGGCUACAAACAAUUCUCAGUUCAGGAAUGCACCACAGACUCGGAGGAGCUGAUGUAUCAUCAGGUGCGCGCCUCAUCCUCAUGCAUUGCACCGCCAGAUUUGUUGCUGGUCAGCGAACGUGACAAUAAUAUACAACUGAGAUCGCCGGUGGUUAAUAUAAUCACGACGCCACCGGGCAAUGCCUCCACAGCAACCACUGUCAAACAGCAGCAGCAGCAGCAACAACAGCAGCAGCAACAGCAACAUCAUCAUCAUGUGACCCGACAUCAUCAGCAGCAGCAGCAAUUGCAACAGGACAUGAGCAGCAGUGGCAGCCACAGCAAACACUUGCGCAUCAGCAGCUCCAGUGGCAAGCAUGGCAAAUAUGUAAAUAUGCCUCAAUCCCACCAGCACCAUCAACAGCAGCAACAACAGCUGCAACUGCAACUGGAGGAGGAUGUGGUUGAUGCUGCAGCAGCAAUGCCAACACCACAUGCAACACAUGCAACACAUCCACAACACUCGCGACAUUUGCAUCAUCACAACAAGGAGGAGCGAAUUCGCUUGGAGGAAUUCACCUGCGAUGUAUCCGUUGAGGGAGGCAAAUCGUCACAGCCGCUGCAAUUCUCAUUCACAUUCUAUGAUUUGGAUGGGCAUCAUGGCAAAAUAACAAAGGACGACAUUGUGGGCAUUGUGUAUACCAUAUACGAGUCCAUUGGCAAGUCCGUGGUGGUGCCCCACUGUGGCAGCAAGACAAUUAACGUGCGCCUCACCGUCAGUCCCGAAGGCAAAUCGAAAUCGCAGGCAGUCGCGGCAGCUUCCACAUGCAACAACAUCAACGUCAACAGCAACAGUAACAGCAACAACAACAGCAACAGCAACGGCAACAACAACAGCCAUAGCAACAGCAACAGCAAAGUGAAGAAGUUGCCCACGGGAAUGGCGGCCAUGUCAAAAACAGUGAAUGGCGUUGCACUAACGACAUCCGGCGGCGCACGCCGCCAGCAUCGCCAUCGACCACGCAAACUGAUUAAGUCCGAUGACGAGGACGAUGACAGCAACAGUGACAAGGAGAAGGAGCUGGCAGCAGCAACAACAGUCCAUGUCGAGCCCAGUGGCAGUGGCAAUCAGGCAAAGACCAGAUACCAGAAGAACAAUGCCAAACUGGAGCACUGCUGCAACGGACAACAACAGCAACAACAACUGCCGGAACAACACACGCCGGACAAUGCUCACAAUACCUAUGAGAAUAUGUUGAAUCUCAAAUGCUGCAGCGGUGCCAACAAGGAAACGACUGACACGGUCGACUGUCCACAUCCACAUCAACAUCCCCAUCAACAACCACAUCAACAUUCACAGCGAACGCGUCACCAGCACCACAGUCAGGAUGUCUAUAUGAAACAGGCCACCCAAAGGGUCAAAAUGUUGAGAAGGGCUCGAAAACAAAAGUAUCAGGAUCAUUGCCUAGAAACCCGUCAACGCAGUCUCUCCGUGGGGAACGACUCCUGCUGGCAGAAUCGCCAUCUGCAACAGCAGCAGCAACAACAACAACAACAACAACAGCAACAACAGCAGCAACAACAGCAUCCACUAUCACAACAACAGCAAUUGGGACAGAAGAGCAACUCGUCGUCGCCACCUUUGGGCGAUGUAAUGCUCGAUGGCGUUCAGCUGCGUCAGCCACGCCCACAGUCUCUGCUCGCCCAGCAGCAGCGCAAAUCCGCCGAGUGCUGGAAGUCGGCGUUAAAUCGAAACGAUUUAAUUAGCAUCAUCAGGGAGAGCAUGGAAAAGAAUCGCUUGUGUUUUCAGCUGAAUGGAAAACCCCAAGCCAAUGUGAGUCCCAUACGGCAACCGGCAGCACAACAACAACAGCAACAGCAACGCCAACGUUGCAAUACAGGGUCGAAAAUCCCGACGCUAAUUGCGAACCACAGUCCACAGUCCGGUCAGUCGCCGCUCAGCUGCAGUCCGCCCACGCAAUCGCCCACGCAGCCCAUCAACAACAUCGAAGUCGGACACGAUACGGGCAACAGCAGCAGCCUGUACCAUCCGCAGCCGCAUAUACCCAUCUACCAUCAGCAGCUGGCCAUUAAUCCGGCCGUGGUGGCCGCACAGCACAGCCACAACAGCGCCCACAACAAGCUGAAUCUCUGUGGCUACGAUUCCUUUUUGCAUGCCACCAUUUGUGGCGGAGGCGCCGCCCACUCCCCACCAGCGACUCCCAGUAAUGUGGCCACCGUUCAGCCCAUUCCCAAGAAGACCAGCAGUCACAGCAAGACCCAGGGAUAUCAGCGUCUGGAGCAGCAGCAGCAGCAGCAGCAGCAGCGAGGCAGCAAGGAUUACAAGAACUAUGGCAAUCUCAUCUAUGCCAAGCUGAGUGAGCAGCUGCAGCAGAAGGAGCGGGAGCAGCGUCGUCAUCGUCACAAGCAGUCGCAGCAACAACAACAACAGCAGAAGCCGGAUCGAGAGCGAGAACGAGAGGAAUCACGUCCGGCUACUUCUAGCUCAAGUUCUGCAGGAUCAAAGAUCUAUGGCGAUGCCUUGGAGUGUGCACAUCUGCUGGCCAGCGAGGAGGAGGAGUUGCUGCCAAGUCCACUGCACACGAGCACGCCCAGCAAGGUCGUCUCCACGGACACUCUGAUCGAUCUGAACGACGAGGUCGGCGAGGCUGUUGCCGAGGCUGUCACGGCCAAGGAUGCCGAGGAGCCAGCGGUUCCUGCUGCCGAUGCUGAUCUGGAUACGAGCGCUUCCAGCUCCAUGAUACAUCGCUAUGUGCACGAGCACAUACAUCACCAUUAUCAUCACUUCAAGGAGCAGAAAGAUGUCUAAACACUAUAUACAUAUAUACAUAAAACUACUCGUCUAAAUGUUGCUUAUGUUUCUUAUGAUUAAUGUAGCGCAAUUUGUAAUUUAAUUAGCACUAACAACAAGAAAGAAAGAAAAAAACAAAGAAAACUCAAACCCAAGACGAUAUUAUUUCUUGUUAUGCGAGGCGACACAAAACUAACCAGAGAGUUUCACUCUGGAUUCACUCAAACUAACAUAUAUAGCGCUAUCCUCGCUGUUCCAAAACCUUGGACAACCCAAAAGAAAGUCUCCCUAUAGCUAAAGUUAAGAUAUUUGCGCCUUUGCCUUAGCAACAUUGAAACAUUUAAUAGCCAUCGAUUGCUUCGCUUAUGCUAAAUCAGCCUAGCAACAUAUCAUCGCUCUAUGUGUGUAUAAAACAAACAAA